AUGAGUGUUUUAUAAUCGUCUUCUGAGCCAAUGUCUAUGGCAGAAUCAAUUGUGCCUUAUGUGUAUGAACAAGGCCCAAUACUUAACAUAGUUAAGAAUGGAGAUGAGUUAGUCAAAAGUUCGCACUUUGAAGAAGCCUAUGAAGUUUACAGCUCGGCACUUCCCUUAAUAUAUUAAAAUUCAAGGCCAGAAGUUAUAGAACCUACAACAGAAGAUGUUCUUUUAGGAUUAGCAAAGUGUGCUUUAACUUUGAAUAAACUCUCCGAGAGCAAGCAUUAUUGUUUUGAGGUAGUGAAUUCUUUGAAUUUCGCUAGAUUUUAAAGAGUUAUCCCUAGCAUCCAUAAGCCCUACUGUAUUUAGGAUUAAUUUACAAAUAAGAGGGUAAUGAAAAGAAAAGUGAAAAGUAUAUGA